AAAAAUAUAGGGACCAUUUGUUAAAUAUACAAAGAAGAGAGGACCGUCAGCAAAUUUGCUCCAAAAACAUGUACAAAAAUUUAACUAUCGACAGAACAGUCUGAAACGCCAAAUCAUAUUCAUCCCCGCAAAGAGAGAUCGAAAAGCUAGGGUUAGGGUUUCAGAUUCACAUUUCUAUCUGGAAACAAAAUGGCGAUGAGGAAAUUCUACAACGAGAUAAAAGGGAUGAAGGUGAAGGAAUUGCCGGCUCACUUGAAGCCGAUUUUCACCAUCGACUACGUGAAGAAUUCGAUCAAGAGCGGUCUCGAUAGCUACCACGCCAAGUACAUCCAGACCAGUUCAAUCGAACCUCUCUAUCACAUCUGCUUUGGCGGAAUGAUCUUCUCCUACCUCGUUGCUCUCCCCGAGGAGCGUCGCCACCUCGAGCACCAGCAACACGCCAAGGAGCAUGGUGGCCAUUGAUUUUAGUCCACUUUUCGAUCUGUUCUUCAUAUCAUAAGUUUCAGCAAAGUUUGAUCGGUUGAUUUCGUGAAGGAUAAGCGUUGGAGUCAGUUGGUUGCUUCUUCUAUGUUUUAAUUUUGGAUGUACCCUAUUAGACACUGAUAUGUAUUUGUGGGGGGCACAGCAUUGACUGAGCAAAUAAGUUUGUAAAACUUUUAUAAAUUCUGAGCAGUCAGUUGGUAAGCGCUCUUCUUCUUAUGGUUUUGUGUUUCGUUUGUGGUUACUGAUCACUCCAAAACAAACAAAUGUGUCUUGAUUUUUGUUGCCUCAAAUGACUUUUUGAGGAUGAAACCUGACCUUUGUCUAGUGAAAUGUUUGUGUGGAUGUCA